AUGGACGAGGCCAAGCUUGGUCGAUCACCGCCGUAUGCAAUGAAGCUGGUGCGGCCGGGGCUGUACAUCGGCAAUGCUGCGGAUGCGGCAGAUGAAGAGACACUUCGCAAGGUGUCCAUUACGCACAUACUAUGCCUGGCACCUACUCUUAGUCGAGCGUCAAGCGCCCUCGCUGCGCUCUUUGGACCCCCCCGCAGCGGGCAAUCCUCGCCCGCCGCGCCCCCUUUCAGACGACUGGAGCUGAGCGUCAAGGACGAUGAGGAUCAAAACCUGCUCGACCACCUGCCGGAGUGCAUCGACUUCAUUGAGGAGGGCCGCGCCAAAGGGGGGGUUUUGGUUCACUGUGUUGCAGGCAUCUCUCGAAGUGGGUCUGUCGUGACGGCGUAUCUGAUGUACAAGGAGGGCCUUUCCGCCAAGGACGCAUUGGCUUCUCUCCGGCAAGCUUCCCCGAGCGCCUGCCCGAAUGACGGCUUUCUAGAGCAGCUGUCCAUCUUUGAGAGCAUGGGCAACCGCAUCGACGAGCGCAACACAGCGUACAAGAUGUUCCGCCUCACGAGCCUCGGGCGUGCGUGGCGCGGGGGCGAGCCCGUCUCGCCUAAGUUUGCGGAUGAUCCCAACAUCGGGUCGCGUAGAAGCAGCGCCAACAACCUGUUGGAAGAGGGGGAGGACCAGCUGGGGGGAUUGCCCGGGGACAAGAAGGUCGUCUGCUACCGCUGCAGAAAGUGCCGACGAGCUGUAGCGGGGGUGGAGAACGUGCUGCCGCACGAUAAAGGGGGGGGGCAGUCGGCGUUCGACUGGAAGAAACGAUCGAAGAGUUUGGACAGCGGGGCCAUCGACGAUGAGUGCUCCUCGUACUUUGUAGAACCAAUGCAGUGGAUGAACAGCGUGCAUGAGGGGGAACUGGAGGGCAAGAUUCUCUGUUCGAAGUGCCAGUCGCGGCUGGGGUCGUUCAACUGGUCAGGAACACAGUGCAGUUGUGGAGCCUGGAUUACCCCAGCCUUCCAGCUCAACAAGAGCAAGGUUGACGAGUCCUGGACUUGAGAUAGAUGGCGAUAAUCGGAAGCACCUCCUUUCUGGAGGAAGGUUAGCAUAGAUAGAAGAGCUAGUAGUAGGCAGCGGUGUUCACGCAAUUUACAAGAAUAAUGAGUGACUGGCGCAAAAUAACCUCGCUCGAACGGAAGGAGAGAAUGUUGUUGGUGAAACGCGACGCAGACGCAGCUAAGCCUUGAAGUAGGUGCGGACUAUGACCGGGGUCAUCUGAUCUGUCUUUAGGGAUAGGUCAAACUUGUUUGCUUUGCUCGAGCAACUCUAGUUCCAACAUGCUUGGUUAUCAAAAUGUGCGAGCUUAAUCAGCUGCAUAUGCAUCAUUCUUGUUCUGCUCCUCUCUUCAGGUAUGAAAAAGAUCCUCAGCUCGGCUCAGAAGAAAUGACGUGCUAGGUUGUGCAGUGGUUUCGUUGGUUUUAACCUUGCAGUGAGACGAAGGCUUUGCAGCUGCUGUUGCAACCCAUUCUGCGUGUCACAUGCCUAAUCUUAAGCAAACCUCUGUCUGCGGUAGCUCUGCUGGGCAAAGCUUGUGGGAGUCACAGAACACGUUUCUCGGGACUUAGCCAAAGUAGAGCUUAGGUUUGCAAGUUAAACAAAUAGCAGAAGGAAAGGACUCAAAACUAACUACAGUGUACGUAGUCAGUUAGCAGGACCUUUCAUUGAAUUGGAUGCCGCUUUGAGGUAACAUAUUAGCGUCCAUUUCUGCUUCUUGGCAUGUGGAUUAUUCAUGAUUCUCAUGGUAUAUGAUAAUCACCAUGCCCUUCAUCUGAGAGCUAUUUCGUA